GUCGCCUCCUGACGUCGUCUCACGGUGUAAAGUGAGAACGCACCUCAGUAUCUUCCUCCUCCUCCUCACGUGUCCUCGCGCCUUCAUCGUCUUUGACGACAUUUUCAUUUUAUUUAUAUUACAUUUUUUUUACAUUUAUUAGAUUUUAAUUUUUUUGGAUUCGGAUUCGGACGCAGAUCUCUUUUGUCCGCGCGGGAGACCGAUGUCCUCCGUCCUCAGCAUCAGCAGGAGCUUCAUCAUCAUCCUCCUCCUCCUCUUCAUCAUUAUUUGAAGAAUUCCCGUGUCAGUUGUCUUAUCUGACCUCUGACCUCAGGGCUGCGACUCAUCGCCAUGACUCAGCAGAAAGUUGACGACUCAGAGUGACGAAGCAGAAAGUGAAAAGAUGACGAGGAGCCGGGACACGUGAGACUUCCUGCGUCGAUGAUGUAGAGGACGACGACGAUGAUCACGUUUACGCCGUUUUUCUGAAGACACCACAAAGUCGACGGAGAAAAAGCAGCGAGAGACCGAACUGUCGCAACGUUUGAUCGUAAAAAAAUCGGAGUUUGUAGGAGGAAGAAGAGGAGGCGUGACAAUGAUGAGUCACCUUCACGCCGAUCUGAGCUUGGACACGACGGAGAAAGCUCGUUUGGAACUGAACGAGAAUCCCGACACUCUUCACCACGACAUCCAGCUGGUUCGGGACAUGAUCGUGACGCGGCCCGACAUCGGUUUCCUGCGAACGGACGACGACUUCAUCCUGCGCUUCCUGCGAGCACGAAAGUUCGACCAGAUGGAGACGUUCCGGCUGCUGGCUCAGUAUUUCCAGUUCCGACAGCAGAACCUCGACAUGUUCCAGAGUUUUAAGGUGGACGAUCCCGGCAUCAAGCGAGCGUUGAUGGACGGGUUCCCGGGCGUUCUGGAGAGUCCGGACCAACACGGGCGGAAAAUCCUCCUUCUGUUUGCGUCCAACUGGGACCAGAGCAGGAACUCCUUCACAGACAUCCUGAGAGCAAUCCUUCUGUCUCUGGAGGUUCUGAUUGAAAACCCUGAGCUUCAGAUCAACGGUUUCAUUCUCAUCAUCGACUGGAGCAACUUCUCCUUCAAGCAGGCGUCAAAGCUCACGCCGAACAUCCUGAGACUGGCCAUUGAGGGCCUGCAGGACAGUUUUCCCGCUCGUUUUGGAGGAAUCCACUUUGUGAAUCAGCCGUGGUACAUUCACGCCAUGUUCACCAUCAUCAAACCUUUCCUCAAAGACAAGACCAGAAAGAGGAUCUUCCUCCAUGGUAAUAACCUGAACUCGCUCCACCAGCUCAUUCUUCCCGACUGUUUACCGUCAGAAUUCGGCGGAACGUUGCCGCCGUACGACAUGGGAAUGUGGGCGCGAACUCUGCUGGGACCGGAUUUUAACGACGACACGGAAUACACGCUGACGUACGACGCCCUGCACGUCAGGGAGAACGGAGGAGGAGGAGGGGAGAAGGAGAUGAUGAUGAAGAGGUCACAGUCUGUGGCUGAACCAGGACGACUGAGACACAACGACAGAGACACCAGUUCACCACUGCUGAGCCUGGACUGAACACAUGAACACUCAUGUACACACACACACACACAUUAACACAUUAAAAACACAAACACAUAUGAACACAUGAAUACACACACACACAGAGGUAUUUCUCUCUUUAAAUCACACUCAUCAUGUCGGUCUUUCUGUAGUUGUGAGGACAUUCUGACUGAAUGUAGGCCCCGCCCCCUGACCACACCCACACUCACUCACACGCGUGUUUGUGCAUCACUUUCUCUCUGGAUUUCGUAAACUCGACAAAUUGACAAACAUGAGAAUCAACGAAGUGACAAAGAGCGACGCCGACGUCAAAGGAUCGUGAACCAGCAUUUUGUCGCAGAACAAAUGCGCUGUCAAAAAAACUCUGAAAACUUCGAGACACAAGCGUUACGUCAGCAAACGCAGCAUUCGCAAACGUGGCGUCGACAAAACAAACGCGACUUUAAAAAAAAGUUAACGGAAAAAGAAACGCGACAUUGGCAAAUGACUGGAAUCAACAUUUAGUUGCAGAACGGCGUCAGCGACGAACAAAUGUAACUAAAAAAUACUUUAGUGUUAAGUAUAGUAAGUUUAGAUUACGAACAAAGUCACAAAGAACGGAGUUGCAAACAAAUUCAUGAAAAUGUGAAUCCUGCAAAAUCCGGGAGUGAUGUGAAAAUUUGCGAUGUUCUCUCUGGUUCACGUUAAAGUAUUUGCGCUUGGUGCUAAAAAAUUGCGCGACGCUAUGUUGCGCAACUUUUGGAGAUUAUCGAGUUCAAGUUUAAAACUACAUUUCUCACAAUGGUUUUGGGGGGGAAGCAAACAGGAAGUCAAAUGUCACCAACGUGUUGGUGACGAUGUCACACUGCGAGUUCGUUCGUGUUAGCGUAACGGCUAGGUUUGCAAACUAGCAAGAUAAGGUAGUGUGAGUUUUUUUUCCAUACGUAAACACAGCAUCGCAACAAAUCACACACACACACACCAGUAGGGGGCAGCACUGUGUAUAUGACACAUAAAAAAACCCACAAAAAAUAAACAGUAGACAGAAAUGCUGACUCAGCUCGGGGCAGCCAUCUUGUCUUGUGAAUUUGCGGGGAUGACAAGUUUGCGAAUUACGUCUUCAGGGGACGCUGCGCCUGAAACUUCCGACAAAUACCCUGGAAAAAUGACUACUUUCGCGUCUUGUGGAACUCGCUCUCAGCGAGUCGUAGACGACGGUGACGACUUGCGAUUUUGCGUCCUCUCAUGCGAGAUUUCAAAAUAAAAGCGCUGCACAAUGGUGAAUGGUGAAAUGACGCAUGGUCGCGCGUCUCCGAUCUUUCUGACUAACGAAUGCGUUAAAUGCCAAACGUUGACCUUUAACCUCUCCUGCAGUGGAAGGAGUGUUUGUACUGAACUUAACUGAUGAAGAUUGUAUAUUAUUGUUACAGUAUUAUUGUUAUGACCCUGCAGAAAAGGGGCGGCGGCACACUUCUCGUGAACAAACCGUACUUUAGAUGAGAGGAAAUCAUUUAUUUAUCGCAGUGACUCGACGAGUGUGUGAUUGACUGUUUUCUGCAGUGUUCGAUUAUUCGUCAUCAGGGCUAAAGACUGAGCUGAUCUUCACUCGACUGUAUUUCCUUUCAAUGAAUGUAUAGAAUUAAAACAUUUACACUGA